AGAAGUUCCACAAGUCUCAGCUCUGGGGUUACUGCAAUAAAGUGGCUAUGCUGGUUGGAGAAGAUAAACCUGGAAUAGGAGGCGAACCGUUACCUGGACAGAAGCCAAAACCUAAAUACAGUGUAUUUCCUAGGGAGAUAGGAAGUGAUGCUCCUACUUGGGUAGCAUUUGACAAACAGGUAUUGUCUUUUGAUGCCUAUUUUGAGGAGGAAGUGCCUGACAAAAAUCAAGAGCUCUAUAGAAUAAGACAUUGUAAAAUAUACUUCUACCUUGAAGAUGAUACAAUUCAAGUGGUUGAACCCGAAGUGAAAAAUAGUGGAAUAACUCAAGGAACUAUUGUUCGACGUCAUCGGAUUCCACUUCCACCUCCUAAUGAAGAUCAGUUCUAUACUGUAGAUCAUUUCAACAUCAACAUAGAAGUAAUCCUUUAUGCCCGAAGAUACAGAAUUACAGAUUGUGACCAAUUCACAAAAAAUUUCCUGAGGAAGAUGGGAGUUAGAUUAAAUCCUCCAGCAUGUCGUCCAGAUGACCCGUACACCAAAGAGCGACAAAAGAUUGUGGAUAAUAUGAAGCCGUUGCGCCCUUAUGAGCGCUUAGACACUUUGAGACAAUUUCUGGAGUAUGAUGGACAUGUUUUACGUUUUUUCUGUGUGUGGGAUGACCCAGAAUCUAUGUUUCAUGACCGACGAGAACUUGUCCUGCACUAUUAUUUGUCUGAUGAUACUAUUGAAAUAAAAGAAAUGAUACCAGUAAACUCAGGCCGGGAUGCAGUUCCACUUUUUCUUAAAAGAAAUAAGCUACCAAAGUAUGCUCCCACUGGGCUGUAUCAGCCGGGCACAAUCACUACUCGCUCUGUUCUCAAUGUGUUUGGAGAGUUAGUAGGAAACAAAGGCCGCUACAUUCUGGACAAUCGUAAGACAGGAGCAGUACACCAGGAAUUUUACAAAGACUGUGACCUGACAAUAGGGGCAGUAAUUAAUGUUUGGGGAAGGAAGAUAGUACUUUGUGAUUGUGAUGAAUUUACUAAAGAGUAUUACAGGACAAAGUAUGGAAUCAUGGAUUUCACCCCUAUUCCAUAUAAGGCUCCACUGCCUCCAAAAACAGAAAAGACGCUUCCACCAUAUACUGGAUUUGGUUCUGAAGAGGAUUCUCUGUGUUCCUGCCUGGGUCUGCUUCCCAAGCCUCCCCAAAAAGAUUUCAAGAAAUUCAUGGAGAAGGACAGAAAUGGUCUGGAAAGUAACAUACUCCGCUUUCUUGCAAAACUUAUUACUGAUAGCCCUAUUGACAAGGACCGGAAAUUCAUUAUUUCCUAUUUUCUGAGUGAUGACACCAUUUCGGUUUUUGAACCUAUGCAGCGAAACUCAGGGAUACUUGGUGGGAAGUUCUUGGAAAGAGGUCGCAUUAAGAAGCCUGGGCAGGAGCUCUUUAAGAGUGAGCCAUCUGAAUACUUCAAGGCUCAGAAUCUCUUUGUUGGAGCCAGAGUUUGUUUCCAUGGUCACAACUUUCUUUUGGUGGAUGCUGAUGAGUAUGCUUUCAACUAUAUGGAGAAGCAUGCAAAUGAGUUCUCUGUGGCCGAUAUCAGUGUCAUCCUCAAGAAGCUGAAAGACAUAGCAGAACCUCGUUCCCGAGAAGUCAAGCAGAUGUUUGCAGCCACUGAUCCUGACCAUACCAAGGUGAUUGAGUAUGACCCUUUCAGAAAUUUGAUAGUGAAUAUCACUGAUGGAGUGCUGUCGGAACAUGAAAUUAUGACUCUUGGGCGCUGCUACAGCAUGAGAGAUGACUCUGAAAUGGACGUCCACUUCCUCCUUGCAGUGGCUCAAGAACAACUAAAGAAGAAGAGUUUUGAGAAUUUUGGACAACUAUCUGCUGUGUUUGUAUUCAAUGACCGCAAAAAACGUGGAGUGCUGCCUCAUGAGAUGUGCAGGACUAUUUGCAAGUCCUUCAGGUUGCCACUGGCUGAUGAUCUUCUGCAAGCUUUACUGACCAUGUUUGAAGACGGUCACGAGCAAGUGGAGUAUGAGAAGUUUGUGGAUAAGCUGAACUGGAGAGAGAAUCAAAUCCCUGCUUUCCAGACAAUAACCAGGCCAAAGAAAUAUGAAGAUGACUGGAGUGGACAGCUACCAUCCCUUCCUGUGAAAAGGAUCAAAUACUUAACUCUUCUGGAGGAUCUGUUUGGCAAGGAAGAAUAAUCUGAUGUGUGCAAGUCGCUGCUUUUGGAUUAGUGUUUCAACUCCAAAGCUUGCUUGGGCAGAUACUGACAACAUUCCUUGUAAAACAAAAAAAUCAAAGAUGCAGGUUUUAUUGCACUGAAUUUCUUUUUCUAACAUAGAUGUAUAGUUCAUGGGGUUUUGUAACACCUUCACGGUACUGUCCUGAACUUACACAAGCAUAAUUAAAACUGUACCCGCUAAUAUUUGUGUUUGGUCAUAUGAAGAAUGUACAAGUACUAAGAAAUCUUUAAGUCAAACACAGCAAAACAUGACUGACACUGCUUUGUUCCACAGACGAAAGAGGUUGUUGGAUGACCUCUUACAAUAUCAAGUCAGACUGUAUUAGCACUGUAAGGUAAUUCUGUUCCAAUUUCCUCUCUUGCUUUUUAGCUUAUAUCUGUAUUUCUGCCAUAUCCCUAUACUGAUGCUUAAGUGCUGUUUAUGUCAAAAGUUUGUUAUUUUACAGAGGAAGUAAUAGCAGGGUUUCAGCACAGUAUAAAUUUGCUCUGGUAUCAGAGAUAAUUAUAGCCUACUAAUACAGAAGUAAAUAUCUUUCAGGCAUGGUAUAGAACCUAUCAGCUCUUGCUUUUUGCUUUAAAUAUGACCCAGAUUAGUCGACACCCAAAUUUAUUUGGGUGAGACGUGUAUGAAAAGAAGGUAUUUCAGUACAGUUUUAAUGAGCAGCUUUCUUACUGUAACACUAUACUUGUCCUUUGGAAAUUAAUUGAUACCUUUCUCUUUGAUCAAAAUUGUGAAAACUAAGUGGAGCUUCUGUUAGUGUUUUUAUAUCUUCUUAAGCUUGUGCCAGCUCAAAGCCAUGGUUAGAUCUGAAUUUACUCCACGCCCUUGUGAUAGAGGUAAGCAUCCUAAUUUAAAGAAGGGAAGAGCUGAGGUGAAGCAGGGAGCUGACUCUCAUGAUGACCCCGUAGGUGAAGGGGACGAUUUGUGAGCCUCUGGCUGGUGCUGGGGAACUGACAGAUUCAUUAGAAUGAGAACCCUGGACUUUCUGUAAUCUGAAAUUAUAGUUCAGUGAUAAAGUAUUUGAUUUAGACGGAUGAGAGUUCAAUGUAUUUAAAUGCUUGAUUGAGAGAAAGACAGUAGUUCAGAAAAAAUUAAAUUCAGCAAAUCUGUAUUUUUUUUAAAGUUGGAGAUCAAUUUUAAAUUUAUUAUUUAAUUUUAGAAAGUGCACUGUAUGAUAGUGUAAAUUAAGUUUCUGAUUAUACGUCAUCGAUCUAGGCCCCCAGCUCCUGAGAAGAAAUUCCUUUCACUGUAUAUGACAACAUAUGAAGCGUUAGUCAUCUUUUUACCUUUUUCUGUCAGCAAAAGAGGACAUGAGGCAAGGCAUAAUCAUGUGUGCUGCUGCUGCUUAGGAAGGUGUUUGCAAUAAAAUGGGUAAGUGAUGGUCUGUCUAGAGGGUCAAAAAGAAACCUGUGAAAACUUGGUAAAGCACUCCAGGUUGUAGAAAAAGCCAUAUACUGCUUUUUAAUACAAAAAAGAAAAAUAAUUUCUUUCAUGACAAGAAAAUGUGAGCAUUGGGAUAGUGUUGAAAACCAAAAAAGACCCCCCAAAACUGGUAUUUGAAAUCAGUUUGAAAGCUGAAGAUUUUUUAAAUGUGCCACCAAGACUGAGCUCAACACUUUAAGUGGAUGCAGUUGCCCUUGUAAAUGUGUAAUAUUCUCAAACUUCAGGAUGUGUUUCAUUAAUGAAAAUUUUGUACAUCUGAGGGAUUCCAAGAAAGAUUGAGUGUGAACAUUUAGAACUUUCCAAGUAGCUUUAAGAGUCAAAAAAUUCAUUUUACUUUUUUCCUUUAUGAGCAUAGGACAAAGAACCUCUUUUCAAUAGGAAAAUUAGUAUAUGGAAUAUGAGAGGGCACAUCAUGCGGAACAUUAUGUACAGGUCUGGUCAGCCAUGGUCAAGAAAGGUGAUUUCAAACUAGAACCAGGGCUGAGAACUGCAAAAGUGACCAAGAGAAUGGAGAUAGGAACAGAGACUGGAGGAACUUAGCUUAUUUAGGAUAACAAAAUGAAGGCUGAGUGCUCUCUGUAAAUAUAUUAUGGGUAUAUAUGCCAGGUGAGGAAAAGAUCUAUUUCAGUUAAGGACAUUGGUGGCCUGAGAACAAAUGGAUAUAAAUUGUCAUGAAUAUCUAAACUUGGCAUUAAAAGAAGUUUCUAACUCCUAAAACAAUGAGGUUCUCCAACAGCCUUCCAAGGGGAAACUGCCUAGUUUGUUUUAAGACUGAGAUGGCUCAUCUGAUGUGAUUGAUUAUAUGAUGUGAUGCUUAAAAUAGUGAGGAUUGUAUCUGGUCUCAAAAGAUGCCUUUUGAUGUUUGAGCCCAUGGAAUGACGCUUGUUUUGUUUUGUUUUCCUAUUUAAAAGAAGUAUAUGGAAUUAUCAGAUUUCUGAUGUUCAAAUACUUCCUAAUGAGGAUCCAUAUAUUUUUAUUAAAACCCUCCUGAAUUUUUCUUCCUAAUUCUCUGUCUUUCUCCUCCUUUUCCAUGUAUCUCACAAAACUCUGAUAAACACAAAAGGAUCUCCUAGGAGUAAGGCAGACAGGGUCUGAAACAUAUUUUCAGUGCUUGUCACAGUGCUCGUAAUGUGUCAUACACUGUGGGGUGAUGAGGU